GUGGACGAGAAGAUGAACGUGUUGAUCACAGGUCCGAACGGUUGUGGGAAGAGUUCUCUGUUCAGGAUCCUCAGCGGGCUGUGGCCUGUUUAUGGAGGAGUACUGUCCCGCCCAGAACCUCAGUACAUGUUCUACAUCCCCCAGAGACCCUACAUGUCCGAGGGGACCCUCAGAGACCAGGUGAUCUACCCGGACUCGGUGGAGGACAUGGUCCAGAGAGGAGUCACCGAUUCAGAUCUGGAGGAGAUCCUUCGGACCGCCCACCUGCUCUACAUCCUGGACAGAGAGGGAGGUGUGUGUGGGGUGUGAGUCUGUGUG